AUGCAAGCGUUAGUGAAGGCAUACAGCUCGCUGGCUGGCACGUCCAAUGAGAAGAUCGAGUUUAAACAGCAAUGGACAUUAGGAGAGAUAUUCAGGCAUCCAGAUAUCCGCUUUUUGUAUGUUCCUAGUGCCAACGAACAACGCAAGAUGACCCUUUUUACUCCCUCGAAGCAUCAACAGACCUCUUUUCUCGAGCAAAACUUUUAUACAUUAUCGCAUCUGUGGGAUACCAAACCCGGCGAGAACCUGUGGGACGUGAGUGAUUUCAUUAUUGAUGAAGAAGGUAUCACAGUCGAACCUAUCCCUAUGCGUCCUGAAAAACGAGAGACACUGCUUAGCUUGCUAAAAGCGAAUCCUGGGUAUUGGUGGAUUGAUGUGCUGUGCAGCAGAUCGGAUACGCCACCAGUGAUCAUGAGCGGGGUUUAUAGGCGCUGCAAGAAAUGCUUUGCCAUGAUUGAUUGUCCAGCUGAAGAUAUCGAAUACUUCACACCUGACAGGAAGAAUCAAUUGGAUCAUGCUCUUCAUGGUGAGCAAGUGGAAAAGGAACCAGCAGUUACUACUAGUCAGCAUCUCAUAAAGGAAGCAUGGCAACAUGGACGCAAUAUUGAUGCCAGUCGUUGGUUCAAGCGUGUAUGGACCUUGCAAGAAGCGCUACUUCCCUCUUGUGUUGUAUUACUUUCUGAAAUAUCUGACACCUAUGAUGAUACAAGCACCGUGUUGCUGGAAUCGCUCAUUUAUUAUCAUUUUCAAAUGAGAAAACUACAACUGGGUGAUAUGCUCUUGAAUACGCCAUUGGUUGUAAAGGAUGAGGUGCGUUCGAAUGCUAGUCUUGGAGGUCACCUGGAGCCCCUUGUCAUAUUCUUUAACCAUCUCAGGUCAUCGAAACGAUCAUGCUACCUGGCAGUAGACUACGUGUAUGGUAUCCUUGGUAUUCUUGGUGUUGAUGUUCCACGACAGGACAACCCUGAUGUCGUAUGGAAGCAUUUUCUUGCAUAUCUCGACCAUGUUGUCUAUGAAACGUACGGAGGUAAUGACAUGAGUUUCCAUGACUAUUCAAAAAUCGAUGUCUCAGAGAAAGCUCGGCAAUUCGUAUUGUCUGAAGCAGACAAUUUGGGUCAAGUAUUUGAUAAUGUGCUACAAGUGAAUCUUCAUUGCCCGUGCAUGGACUGCUCUGUCGUGAAUCAUCGGAUAUUAAACGCUUCAAAGCUACCACCAUUACGAUGA